AUGAACAAGAGCCGUCUGUCGAAGAGGACAGCAGAGGCGAACUGUAGUUGUCGUGCCUAUGGUGCUAUCUGGCAUCCAAUCACUCUUGCUGUAGUGAAUGCUUUCGAUUUCACGGUGUGUGGAAGUAAUGAUAUCAGAGUAACCAAAAGUGCAUGGGGUGUUGGAAUGUUCUGGGUCGGUAUACUCUCUCUAUUCAUACAUGACUGGCGACUGAUGUACUUCGCGUGUGCGGCACCCGGAUUCCUAGCGAUCUUUUACUACUUUUUCCUGCCAGAGUCACCUCAUUGGUUGAUUCAACACGAAGACCACAAAGGAAUCAAGAAUUAUAUCAAAACGUCCAAUGUAUGGAACAACACAACCAUUGAUGUUGGUUCUUGCCGCCGUGAUGGGCCACCACCAAAGGAGAAACGAGAGACCUGUGGAGAUAUAAUGCGAGACUCGCGGAUGCUCCAGCUUCUCUUCAUCAACGGUUUCAUAGAGUUUGUAAUGGCCUUCUAUUAUUUUGGACUGUCCUUAUUAUCUGUCGAUUUGAGCGACGAUCGAUUCACGGCAUAUAUGUUAUCUGCCUUCGUUGAAAUACCGGGUGAAUCGUCCCUUCCGGAGGUUGCGCGGGAGGAGGAAGUGGUAGGGGAUCCAAUUGCCUACAAACUGCGAGGUCAAAGAGGUUUGGUGGUCCUACCUCUGAUGCUGUACGCUGGCAGACGACCUUUGUGCAUGUUUUCGUUGAUUCUGCAAGGAGUAUUUGUCAUUGUCGCUCCAUUCCUUAAAGGCUCGCACUGGUCAAUGGUUGCGUCUUUUCUAUUCGGAAAACUCAUAAAUAGAGAUUUCAAAGACCUUCGUCAUUCGCUCAUCGCCUUUUUCAGUGUUACCUAUGCAGUGCACCCAAUUUACAUAUCAGAAAUGACGCCAACGUCAGUACGUGCGCUGUCGUACUCGAUUAUAAACAUAGCCAGGAGUAUUGGCAUCAUUGUUGCACCUUACCUUCGUCACGGAAGUUUUGGAUCGGACUUGGUGAAAUUCACCUUCCUUGGUGUGAUUUGUAUUAUAUCGGGAGCUCUAUGCAUUUUUCUCCCGGAAACCAAAGAUCGUGCAAUGCCCGCAGAUAUCAGAAGUCUAACCACGAGCGAUAGCCACACUGUAGACAAAAGAGAAAGAGAAGAGCUCCUUAGGUGA